AAAGUUGUUGGUCUUCAAAAUCAUUUCAAUUAUGUUCUCCUAAACAAUUAGAAUUGUUUUUUGUAAACAAACUUUUUUUUAUUGAUAUGCAUGGUUUCAAAUUGUUCAAACAAUGCAUGGGCAUUUAGAAAGUCUACUGAACUUAUCUUGGUCAACUUCAUACUUUUCCUUCUAUAAGACAGCAUGUGCAUUUCACUAAAAAGUCCUGCAUUUGAAAAGUAUCUAUGCUUGAGAAAAACAACUUGGACACAAUAUCAUUUUUCCACAUAACAUUUUUCUAAAAAGAAAAAGAAAAAAAUGGAAUAGAUCAACGUUUAGAAAACAUAUAUAUAACUGUCACAAUACAUAUCGAAUACUUUUGUAUCCCUAAUAAAUUAUGGAAAGCUCUCAACUAUUUUUUAUCAUCAUGUUCCUCUACACAAUAGUCUUAUCGAUAAUCUCAAUCAACUGCACAGAGAAGAAUAACAAUCUCGUCACAAACCAAGCUGCUUUGUUCGUGUUCGGAGAUUCUCUGUUCGAUGCCGGAAACUACAAAUACAUCAAUAAUAAUUCAGCUUUCCAAUCAAAUUUCUUUCCGUACGGUCAAACCACUUUCAAGUUUCCAACCGGAAGAGUCUCUGACGGACGUUUGAUUACCGAUUUCAUAGCUGAGAACGCAUGGUUACCACUGAUCCCACCAAAUCUACAACCAAGCAAUAGUAACAAUCAAUUUACCUAUGGAGCUAAUUUUGCUUUUGGCGGUGCUGGAGCUUUGGUGGAAACCUUUCCAGGAAUGGUGAUAGAUUUGGGAACACAGUUAAAUAGCUUCAAGAACGUUGUCAGGAGCUUGAAAUCUGCAUUAGGAGAUGCAGAGGCUAAGACGAUUUUCUCAAGAGCUGUUUAUCUGUUUAAUAUCGGAGGCAACGACUUAGUUUAUCCCUUAGUUGCAAACUCUUCACUUUUUCAGUCCAAUACCAAAGAAAAAUUCGUUGAUUUUGUUAUUGGUAACACAACAUCCGUGGUCGAGGAAGUGUAUAAAAUAGGAGGAAGAAAGUUUGGAUUCUUGAAUAUUGGAGCAUACGAGUGUGCACCAGUCAUAUCGAUUUUAGACACAACAAACAUAGGAUCAUGUUCCAAACCACUCGCUGAGCUGAUAUAUUUGUACAACAAGAAGUUUCCGGAUGCUUUACGGCGGCUACAACGUGAACUUUCCGGAUUCAGAUAUGCCUUUCACGACUAUCACACUUCUUUGUUGGAAAGAAUCAACAAUCCUUCUAAAUACGGGUUUAAGGAAGGUAAGAUGGGAUGUUGUGGAAGUGGACCACUGAGAGGAAUUAAUACUUGUGGGAAUCAAAUGGGAAAAAGUUACGAAUUAUGCGAAAACGUUACCGAUUACUUGUUUUUCGAUGCCUCUCAUUUGACAGAGAAGGCCCAUCGACAAAUCACAGAGCUGAUAUGGAGCGGACCGCCUAAUGUCACUGGACCUUAUAAUCUUCAAGCUUUAUUUGAACUUAAUUGAAAUCACCGAUGUAUGUCUAUGAAAAUAAAGAUGAGAUUGCUAUAUAUGUCGUUUUUUUUGUGCACAAGCUUUAUUUGAACUUAAUUGCUAUAUAUCUUGUCUAAGCUUGUUAAAAAUAUACUAUGUUUCAAAUAAUAUCAAGAUUGAUGAAUGCUUUGUGAUAAUAUCUCUAUUAUAAAAGGCUUCAUAGCUCAGUUGGUUUAGUAAGCGGAAUGUCUUGAAUUUUACUUCCAGUGAAAACAUAUCUAUCUAUUAUAUUAAAAAUGAAGUACAAAACAAUACUUACUUAUUUUUAAGUGAUUUUUUACAUAUUUUUUAUUUUUUUCAAACUAAUUUUAACCACCUCAUUUAUUUUAUUUUUCAAAUAAUCCAGCAGCAUUUAUUACAGAAUUUACCUAGUUUAAAUGUUUUAUUACAUCUUUUACAUUAUUUUUUACUCUUACUAACUAUUUCAUUAAUUGUUUCUAUCAUAAUAAUUUAACAACAUUUAUUUUACGCUUUAACCAUAAUAAUUAUACAGAUUUGAAUAACCUCCCAGCCCUAGGACGGAUACGAUUGAUCACGUCUUCCCGCCCUAGUGCGGACACAACCCACGACCGUCCUCCCCCGCCCUAGUGUGGGCACAACGUUGGUCUCUCCUCCCUGCCCUAGGGCGGGCAUGAUACCUUCGUCCGUUAUCCUGAUCAGGUCACUCCUUGUUUCGUCUCGAUUAGACUCAUAGCCGAAGUUUUACGACAAAAACGGAGAUUUGUUUUUUCGUAAAAGUUUGGAUUAAUCGUAUAAAACGAUAACGGAUGAUUUCUUCGAAAGAAAUCGUAAAAACGCUUAAGUCGAAAUACGGUCUUUUCAAAAUGCGACACGUGCCUACUUGUGAUUUUAGACGAGGAUAAGCCCAAGUCUUUAUGUCGGUUUACUAAAUUUUCGCUGGAAAUAAAUGGAAAAGAAGAUAAAUGUCAAGUUUCCAAAAUAAUCGUAAAGAUAGAAAGAAUAAGGAAGAUUUCCGAGAAGGCAUAAACUCAAAUCGAGGACAGGAAGAGCAAGACGACCGGCCUUGAGGGAUAUAUAAAGAGAGUCGAGACGAAGUGCAAGGGGUUUUUUUCUAAAGCAUAACUUUUUUCAAUCAGGUUUGUUAAUUCAUUUUUACACUAUCGAUUUUUUUGUGUGUGUUUUUACUGUAUAAAACAAUAAACCUUCACUUAUUUGUAACUUUAGAAAAUUAAUAUGGUAGUUAUUAAAUAUUUUCAAAUAUACAGGCAGAAUUUUACAGCAAAAUUAUUUAUAGUUACAGAAAAAAAAUUACAGUUUUAAUUCUACAAAAAAAUAAAAUAAAGUUACAGCUCCUUCGAUCAACUCCUAGGACUGAAAAAGAUUGAAUAGCAUUAUUACAGUUGAUUAGUCAAGUUAUAUAUAUGUACGUCCGACAAAAAAGAAAGAUACCAUAUUAAACGGAUCAAUAAAUGUGAUAAGAUCCAAAUCUUUUUAAAUAGGACACUACAUCAAAUUCUCUGUGGAAAACUCUACCUGGGUUUGAUUAGAGGAGAGAUUAUGCUUCUUCUUGUUUUUCGUUGUUAAUAUUUCGAUCUACGAUCGAAUCUUCUCUUCCGUUUAUCGGAUUUUUUUUUCGGGUUAGCCGAUUUUGUUUCUUCGCUGUGGCGAUUUUGUUGUGCGUUUCAACCUAAUCGGAUUAGUUUCUUCAUGUUCUGUUUCCGAUUUAGGCUUGAAACUAAUAAAGUUCCGAUCUUUCUGAUCGGGUUUGUUUAAGCUUCUUCUCUCGUUAAAUAUCCUAUCCCGACUGUCUUUAUUGGAUUUUAUUAUUCUUGUUGGUCAUCCUCAACCUUUGAAUAGAGUUUCUGUUGUUGGAUUGAUCGCAACCAGAAGUGGCUACCGUACCGGCGACGCCGCAGUUGGCUUCCAGUCCGGCGAAACUCUAGCUGUUCCCAUUGUGUGACACGUAUCAAGCUCUUCAACCCAAUGAAAAACGCGUGGAGGACAUUCGUCUUUGGUGGGGGUAUUGGAUUUAGAAAUUUGAUAUAAUUUGAAAGAAUUAUGGUUUCCAUUAAAUUCUAGUGUUAUUCAAUUGUGUAUUUUAUCAAUUCUUUUAAAUUCUUGUGUUAUUCAAUUGUGUAUUUUACCAAUUCAUUUAAAUUCUAGUGUUAUUCAAUAUUUGCUAGAUUUAAUAGGAAUGUUAUUUGAAAGGAAUUUAAUGGAAAAUGUAAUGUAAAAUGCAAAGGAUCAAUUCCUUGCUUUUAUGAAGGGAUUUGUUAUUUUUAGAACCAA